ACGACGUUUCCAGCACCACCAAGCAAGAAGCGCAUUAGGCUCGAUGAAGGACAUUUCGCAGCGACAAAAGGUGCGCAGUGCACGCAAGGGCCGCAGCAAGAAAGGUGCCGAGAUCUUCCACGAGCGCCGCAAUGAAUCGGUCCAGCAGACCCGCGACAAGAAGAAACAGGCGCGGAAGCGGCUGCGCAUGGUGCAGAUCCAGCGACAUGUCGACAAGAAGCUCGACCAUCUUCGUGCGUAUCCUGUUGACGUCGUCCACGUCGUGAAACGGCCCAAGGGCCCGCUGAAACCCGAGGAAUGGAAGCUGCGCGGCGCAGCACGGCCGGCCGCCUUGCUGGCCCGGAUUGCCAAUGGCGAGUGCGACGUAGAUGGCAACGAGUUCAAAGCUCCCGACCCGACCAAGGACUUUUACGAAGAAAUGCGCGGACGAUUCGCCGAGCACAACGACACAUUGGAGUACCUUCGGCUUCGAAAAGACUUGGCGCUGGCCACGUGCGCAGCGGGCAUGAUGGAGGCGGGGAUUGCGCACUUCGAAGAGUGCAUCGAGUUGGACCCGACUGACGCCGCGUGUGCGCGAGAUGGCCUCGUGUGUGCGCUCAUCGACGAAGGCCGGGCCGAUGAAGCGCGCGGACUCAUCGAUCGCUACGAGAACGUGUCUCCCGUGCUGGAGUACUGCCGCACGAUCAUUGAGUACGUGUCGUGGGAAGUCUUGGAAGAAGACGGAUCCUCCGAGGACGUGGUGCAAGCGGCGUUCACCAAGGCGUGGGACGGCAACCCGUUCAUUGGCGUGUUCAUUGCGGGCCUCGACGCGUUCAAUGCGGUCGUCGAGUACGUCGAGGAUAUCAAGAACCCACCAAAAGGUUCCAUCGAAGAAGCAUUUGUGUACUGCGCCCACAACAUUGGGGUGUGGCUCGACACGGUCGGUGCCCAAGCGUGGAUUCAGAAGGAGGUGGCGGCGCGAGGCAUCCCGCAAGCCACGGAAGUGCACUAUGUCGACCCCAUGUACCUUGGUAUGUACGCAACGGCCGUGGAAAUGUAUCAGGAAGAGCUGGACGAAGCUGCAGCAGCUGCUGCUGAAGACGACAAUGAAGACAUGCACGGCGACGGACACGAUGACCAAGCCGAAAUGUAUACUAAGUAGUAUUUUAUAACCACAAUCCCAAGCUAUGCCAUGAA